GCUCUGCAUACCUAGACCUGUGACACGCGUGACGGAUCCGUGAUCGGAAGCGGUGACAGGACGUUGGCGUCCUCUCUCUGUGAUGUCUGGCUCUUCCAGCCACAAGGCCCCGGUGCGGCCCGCGCUGGACAACCUCACCUCAGACCAGCUGAUGGCUGCCACUCUUGGGAACGUCGACUGGCUUAAACUCAGCUUGGCAAACGCCGGCUCCGAACUCAAAGCAGACAGAUAUGGUUUCACGGCAGUCCAUACGGCUGCCCGCCAAGCCAAGCUCCAGUGUCUAAAGCUACUAGCCGAGCGUUACAACGUGAACCUUAACCUUCCGACGCGUUUGGGCCGGAGUCCUCUCCACCUGACUUUAAACCAGAAGAACGGCUCUCGAGCGCUGGACUGCGUGCGGUUCUUGAUAGGCCGCGGAGCUGACGUUAAUGCGAAAGACAGGAAUGGAGUAACACCUCUUCAUCUGGCCGCACGCGAGGGGCUGCAGGAGUGUCUCGUGACGUUGGUGGAGGCUGGAGGAGACGUCUAUGCCAAGGACACAAAGGGCCUAAAACCAAUCGAUUUGUGCAAAAUCCAUUGUCAUCGCGACUGUGCCAGGUACCUGAAAAGCGUCAUGUGGAAGAAGGAGAAGGAAAGUUACGCACGCGACGUGAAGAAGAUGGACAGACUCGUAAACAACAUUUAUGAAACAGAGCAGGAAACGCGAUUAAAUAUGAAGAAGCGAGAGGAGUUACUUCGUCAAUCCAAUUUCUCUCAAUGGAUCGACGCAAAGGGCUUCCCGGAAACAAUACGACAAAAGUAUGGAUGCAGAGAAAGGGAUUUAUCGGAGUCAAAGCCUCUUCGCUGUUGCCAUUCAAAGUCGUCUGAUGGAUACAAAGAUAGCGACGCUAAAUCCUCAAAGGGCGAGAAACUCCAUUUACAAAAGGGAGACAAGACAAAAACACCGGGUUCCUCUACGCGGUUCCAGAGUCGGAGGUCUGGAACGCUGAGCUGUAACUGGAACCGAAGCGUCAACCCAUCAAUGCCACCAGCGACCAGCAUCUCGAGACGUCCCACUCUCAGAUUGGGCGCCGAGCCAGAAGAACCCAUCAGAGAGGACUUCAGCGCCUACGUAUCCAUCAUAAAAGACAGCGGUGGGAACCGAAAGAUCCGCACAGCUUCGGGAAGGGUCGCCACGCCACCCUCGAGUCUGCCGUACGAGGUCAUCGAGAGGAAGCUUUUUCCAGGCACCGUUCCUCGGGGGAGGAUCCGUAUGCCUCAGGAAUUCAAGUCCACCCAUGUCUUUGAACUGCCCAAAAAGCAUCAGCCGGCCUGCGGGCCGCACAACCAGCCGGAAAUCGAGUUUCACCUGCGACAGACAUACGACUCCCAGUUUAAGAAGAUGGCUAAAGAACGGGGGCGUUUAUAGGAAAUAAGUGUUUUAUAUAGAUAUAUAUAAUCAAUAAUCAAACUGCCCGGGGCACAGGAGGAGAACCUGAUUUAUUUUAUUUUUUGAGCGCUGUCAGGCGGGAUUGCGGCAGCGAUUUCGUUAAAUAAAAUUUCCU